UGCUGCCGGGUCACCCACUUCAAACUUCGUGAACCAACGUCCUAUUUAAUCUAACAAAAAUCUUUAAUAUAACAACAGUUUAGUGCUCUAGAUUGUUUGCCGUCUACAGCGUAAUAAUAAAGAAUGUCGCUGUCUGCGGCGCGCUCGUUUUUGUCGGAGGCUGCGUAUGGCGAACAGGAGCUGGAUGCGAAUUCAGCGCUGAUGGAACUUGACAAAGGUUUGAGGUCUUGCAAGGUGGGGGAACAAUGUGAAGCUGUAGUCCUCUUUCCCAAACUCUUUCAGAAGUAUCCCUUCCCCAUCCUCAUCAAUUCUGCCUUCCUGAAACUGGCAGAUAUUUUUAGGCUUGGGAACAACUUUCUGCGGCUCUGUGUGCUGAAGGUCACUCAGCUGAGUGAGAAACACCUGGAGAAGAUUCUGAACGUGGAUGAGUUUGUCAAAAGAGUUUUUUCUGUCAUCCAUAGCAAUGAUCCUGUUGCCAGAGCCAUAACCCUCAGGAUGUUGGGAAGCCUCGCCUCCAUUAUACCAGAGAGGAAAAAUGCCCAUCACAGCAUCCGUCAAAGUCUGGACUCUCAUGAUAAUGUUGAAGUUGAGGCGGCCAUUUUUGCAGCUGCUAGUUUCUCAUCACACUCAAAAGAUUUUGCUGCAGGAGUUUGCAACAAAAUUAGUGACAUGAUUCAAGGACUGGACACUCCAGUGGAUCUGAAGCUAAAGUUGAUUCCUAUGCUGCAGCAUAUGCACCAUGAUGCCAGUUUGGCAUCCUGCAGCAGGGAGUUACUUCAGGAGCUGGUGUCCUCCUACCCCUCCACACCCAUGCUCAUCGUCACCCUGCACACCUUCACCCAGCUGGCCACCUCCUCACUCGUCGAUAUCCCAGAGCAGAUUCAUCUGCUUCUGCAGUACUUGAAGGAAGACCCCAGAAAAGCAGUGAAAAGACUCACCAUUCAGGACCUCAAGCUCUUGGCUAAAAAAGCUCCUCAUCUGUGGACCAGAAAGAACAUACAGAUGCUUUGCGAGUGUGCUCACAGCACCCCGUACAACAGUCUGAAACUGGGCAUGCUGUCCGUUCUCUCCACACUGUCUGGUACCAUCGCUAUUAAACAGUACUUCUUCACUAAUACAGGUGAGCCAUCUCCGGCACCUCGUCACACCGAUCUGGUGAAGCUUGCUCAGGAGUGCUGUUACCAUAGUAACCUGGCAGUUGCAGCCCAUGGAAUCACGGUGCUGACCAGUAUCACCGUUUCCUGUCCAGAGAAAGAGGUUAUUCAGCUGGAACAAGACACAGUCAUGGGGAUGGAGUCUCUAAUUCUGCUCUGUAGCCAAGAUGACAGAAAGACUGCACAGGCAACACUUAAAACGGCCCUCACCUCUUUGGUGAAGAUGUUAAAGAGCUGUCCUCAUCUGAGUCAGAGCUCUGUUGAGCUUCUGCUGGGGCAGCUGCACUGCGCGUGUGACUCUGCGCGGGUGCACAUGUGUCAGGCUCUGUCCGCUAUCGCUAUGCAGCAACCAGUGCUGGCAGAGGGAAUGCUGGGGGACUUGCUGGACCUCUUCAGGGUGGCAAGUCACAGAGCAUCAGAGAAACAGCAAGAGCUUCUGGUUUCUUUGGCAACAGUAUUGUUUGUGGCCAGUCAGGCCUCACUCUCGGCUGAAGUUAAGACUGUAAUCAGGCAGCAGUUAGAGAAUGUGGCCAAUGGCUGGACCGUGUACUGCAUUGCUAGACAGGCAUCCCGCAUGGGCUGCCAUGGUUUUUCCAGGGAGUUGUACCAGAGCCUUCGUACCCGUGUUGCCUCAGAGCACUUCUACUUCUGGCUGAACAGUCUGAUGGAGUUCUCUCAGGCGGAGCAGUGCCUCAGCGGCCUGACAGAUGGAGACUACAGCGCAGCCAUGAGCGCCAUCUCUGAAUCUCUCAAAUCCUACCAGAAGGGAAUUGCGUCUCUCACGGCAGCCAGUACUCCACUGAGUCCUUUGACGUUUCAAUGCGAGUUUGUGAAGCUGCGUAUAGACACUCUUCAGGCCCUGUCUCAGCUCAUCUGCACCUGCAACAGUCUGAAGACCAGCCCACCUCCUGCCAUCGCCGCUACUAUUGCUUUGUCCUCAGGGAGCGACCUGCAGCGCUGCGGACGCAUUUCAACACAGAUGAAAGUAUCCAUGGAUGAAUUUAGAAGUCUGGCAGCUCGCUAUGCUGACCUGUAUCAGGCUUCGUUUGAUGCCGACUACGCCACCCUCCGUAAUGUUGAAUUACAACAGCAAAGCUGCUUGCUCGUAUCUUAUGUCAUUGAGGCUUUAAUACUUGAUCCGCACACUGCCAGUUUCCAGGAGUUUGGCACACAUGGAUCAGUUCUUGCAAAGAGCGAGUAUGAGCUGAGAAUGCUGGAUGUGUUCAGUCACGUCCUGGAGGAAGUGGAAAACUUAAGCAGGAAGCAUCCUCCUGUCUCUUACCUGCACACUGGCUGUCUCUGUGAUGCAGUCAUAGCCCUUUUGAAGGUGCCACUAUCAAUCCAGAGAUAUUUUUUCCAAAAGCUCCAGUCCACCAGUAUUAAACUUGCUCUCUCCCCAUCACCACGUUCACCAAAUGAGCCAAUUCCAGUACAGAACAACCAGCAGUUGACUUUAAAGGUGGAGGGAGUGGUGCAGCAUGGCUCCACUCCAGGAUUGUUCCGGAAGAUUCAUGCUGUCUGCCUUAAAGCGAGUUCAACUUUACAGACAAAAUCAGGAUCCGAUUUUAAGAUUCCUCUUGAUUCCAAGACGAAUGAGAUUGAACAGAAGGUGGAGCCUCAUAAUGAUUACUUCAGCACCCAAUUCCUUCUGAACUUCUCUAUCCUGGGCACCCACAUUGUCUCUGUGGAGGCUUCACUUGUAGACACCAGUGGGAUUGAAUGGAAGACGGGACCAAAAACCACUGUAUCAGUAAAGUCCCUGGAAGACCCUUACUCCCAGCAGCUGCGCCAUCAGUUGCAGCAGCAGCAGCAGACUGGACCUCCACCAGGCCCAUCCGUGAGGAACAUCUGUGCCCGGUUUCAGUGACCUCCGAUCCUCAUGAACUACUAACUGGCUAUAUACUGCUAUUCAUGUUAUUUCCUUGAUGCUAGUCUCCGACAUUAGGAUGAUAAGUGUAAUGAGGACACACUGUAUUCUAAUAGAGCUGCAAUGGUAAAUGUUUGGUUGCAUUUGUCAUAAGACAUUUGAUUGUGAAGACACAUGGCAAGUAACUGCCUCCUCCACUGCUAUGCCCAUUUAUUUUCAAACCAUAAUAAACCAAUCCCUGC